AUGAGUCUACUCUCCCUGGCCCGGACGGAGAACUCCAAGCAGCAGCUGCGGGCGGUGCACUCCCAGCGAAAGGACCCCGACAAGGCCCUAGAGCCGCUCGAAAAAAUGUGCAUGACGCUUGUGCUGGGGGUUGAGCAGUAUCUUCGCGGCUUUGACGCCACCAUGGCGAUUCCGCUGCUGCUGCACAUGACGGAAAGGGAGUCGUUUUCCUUCCAUGGGGACGCCUUGACGAUGCUCUUUCGCGCGCUUGCCCUCAUCAUGGAGUACGUUCCGAGCUCCUACGGGAGUGUGCAGUCGUACCACAAGCGGCUGAUGAAGUCGGUGUGCCAGGCCCUCUCCCGGACCCUCUCGGCGAGGAUGAAGUACAGCAACACCGAUAACGUGAUGCUACUGGAGGAGUCCCUGCGACUCAUUCACUUCGUCACAAAGGAUGAGGGCAGCAUCUCCGUCCUGCGCUUUGGGAUGGCGGACGUUGUCCGGAUAGCCGCCUCGGAAAAUACGCUCCUGGCGCGUCAGGCCUUUGAUGUGCUCGUCACCGUCUGCUCCAAGAUCAGCUUGCCCCCAGAUGUGGAAAGGCCAGUGUUCUUUAGACUACAGGUUUUCUUCAUCGGCACGGGCUUGAAAGGGAAAACGUACAGCAAGUGCGGCCUGGACUCAUCGGAGUCAAAAGAAAGUCUGCAGGUGAAUACCGUAGAGAAUGUCCUUGUCCCUUUUCUGCAUGCAACGCUUCAGCAUUAUGCAGCGAGUCUUGAGAGCUUUCCAGAGGCGUGGUCUUUUUUGGAGCAAACGAUACAGUGCCUGGGCAUGCUGAUGCGCCGAUCGAUGUUGUGCCAUCGCCCCUCCACAACCCGGAAAAUCGCCACUCGUGAGAUGUGCCGCACACUCUUCCAACUACUGCUUUACAACGACACAAAUGUGGCGCUCGAGCAGGCUGUUCGCGCUGAUCGACUGUUGUUGUGCGAAACUGUGCUGGGCGCUGCCAUUGCGGCGGAUCCGCUCGUGGCAGUUGAGUCCCUGCUCUAUGAAGAGGCCGUGGCCUACUACAAACUUCUGCUAGAGGAGCAGGAGAGCGGCCUCAUCACGCAGCUGGAUGACCCCUUUCCGGUGGGCGGCAUCUCGUCCCGGAACACGCAGCGGCGGGACAAGAACAACAUUGUCUCCAUCGCCGCCAUUCGCCUCUUCGUCCUCGCCUGUCCGCAUGUCUUACGCGAGGCCUUUGGCCCCAAGCCGAAGGUCCUGCUCCCCGUUCACCAGUGGUACUGGGAGGACGAGAUGCGGCACAGCAAUGCCAUCGCGGAGGAGGGCUGUGUGACGCUGGAAACAGGUUAUAACCGGUUAUGUAAGGAGGCGUCCUUUGUACUGCACCUGAAGGCAAUGACGGCGAAUUUUCAGACGAUGAAGUUGACGGGUGGCUUUGGAAGCUCCGACCGGAAUGUUUUACGCAAAAUAGUUCCGUUUGUGUUUCACUUUGUGGACGAGGAGGAUAUUCGUCUAGUCAAGGCGGCAAAGGAAGCCCUCGUGGCCUGUGACCCUCUGCCCAACUCUAUGCGGGAGAUGAGGGCCUUCCAUGCCGUGGAGUCCGUGGCGGCCGCAAAAGGGUUGGGGACACUUUUCUUACUGAACAAAAGUGCCAUUGCACCGUCCAUAUACAUGCGACUUGCGGAGGUUUAUCUAGGGAGUCUAUGCAGCUUCGUGGUUUCAGUCACUGGGCAGAUGGCGAUGCAGUUAGGAACCUCGGCGUGUGCGUCGUUGCUCCAGGCCGCCAUUUGCACCGGCGAAGACCAGCGACUGGAGGGUCUGUUGUGUAAAAUCAUUCGUCCCUUGUGUGAGAUGCUGCGUGAGGCGUUGGUGUCGGCGGACAAGGCCACCAAGUCCGUUUCCCUCACAAUGAUGGUGUGGCUGCUGUGUCACCCGCGGGCAUCGGCGUGGAAGUUUAGCGAGACGGCCCUGCGCUGUGGCGUGGUAAAUCAACUGGAAGUCAUGUCGUCGUCGUCGUCGGCGGCGGCGGCGGCUGUUGUGGGAGGCGCCAAGAGGGCAAAGAUGCCCAGGGCCUUCGCCAAGAAGGGGAAGGUGGCGUCACUAACACGCACCGCGUACCUGGCAGACGCCGCGUUGGCGCUUUACCGGGCGAUCGACAAGCAGCUGUCAAGGCCACCAUCACCGCAAGCAGGGGGCGGCCUCACCACGGCGGAUGUGAUGAUGCUGCAAACGGCAGUGAACGAGCUGAAGGCCUACGCGCUCGUCCCGGGGCCGCACCAAAGCGUGGUGGAACAUGUAUUGGAGGCCUUGGAAAAGUCAGUGAGCACAGUGACUGCGUAUGAGGUGUCCACGUUGGGCAUCGCCGACGCCGUGCUCAACUACCUGCUCGCGGAGAACUACAAGGAUUACCGCGGCGCCGCUGCCACCGAACCAGCGGCUGCAGCCCCGCCAACGGCAAGGAGGGAAUUGUUUGGUGGUGCUGCUGAGCUGGAGGCUGUAGAAGAAGAGGAGCUCCUGUCGUUUGGUGGCAAGCGCACCGCCAAUGGUCUUCACCGGCGGUGCCAAAAGGAGCGUCUGCAGUGCUUUCUGGAAUGUGCGAUGCGGCGGCCACGUGGGGUGAAGGCUUUGAUUGAGAACCUGGUCUCCACCAUCCCCCUCCGCUUCACAUUACCGCUGGUUGAGUCUCUCCUGGGCACCUCUAGGGCGACGUGUCGGCCACCUGUCAAGGCUGUAAUUGCAGCCAGUCAAAUAUCACCUAUAGUCAGUCUCUGCUGCAAGCCGGGGGCAGGAUCCGGUGCACUUCGGCGAAAGAACUCGGAUAAAACAAACCCCAGAAGUACGGGCAAGCGAGGGGUGUUAGCCUCCUCCGCGGCGGUGCCGCAUUCUGAAGUAAACGUUACCACUGAAGCCGAGGUGGAGGUGUCGCGCCCGCGUGAAAACUGCCCUAGUGGGCAUCGGUUGCAAGCCGUGGCAGGAACAAAUACCUCGUUUUUAUGUGACAUAUGCGAGGAGGAGCUAUACAACGGCCUGGGCUGCCACCGAUGCGACUUUCACAUAUGCAGGGACUGCUACAUGGAUCCCAAAGUACAGUAUGAGGGCGGCACCCUGGGUGCGAGUCCCGGGCCAAGCGGCGGCCUUCACUCGGGGUCUUCACCCCAUCGGCAAGGACAGCGCCAACAACGGCUGGAGCGAGAGCGUCAAGAGAUUUUAAGACCCAUUGAUAGAGCCCAUUUAUUUGCUAGCAUCGGUGACAUUGAGCGAUACUUCCGCACGGGGUCGUGCUCAACGCGAAACACAGAUGUGGCACCUGCCCCUCAGUCGGUGUUGCAAAAUGUUGAUUUCUUUGUGCGACGUGCCAAGUUUUUUCUUGCUCGCAAGUCGAUUCACUGCAGCGACGGAGACCUUCGUCAGGCGGUGUGUCGCAUUCUAAACUCCUUCUCGUUGCACGGACCUAUUAUCGACCCUGAAGAAGCUGCAAGCAGCGCGGCAGGGAGUGUACCGUUACGUUCAGAUGAGCUAGAGGAGCUGACAAGAGUGCUGCAAGGCGCAAUGGAGGAGCGGUAUGUGCUCUACACCGCCCCUGGUGGUCGCUGCGCCUACCAAGAGACGCUCAUAGGGAAUUUUCUCCAGCGUGCCCUUCACGAGGGAAAUGUGGGGGUUGUGGAACAGCUGGAGUGCUGCUUGCUCAACAUCGAGGGCUGCGGUGACUCCUGCAUCGCCGUUGCGAAUUCGCACUGGGGCGAACUUCUCCUCCUGAGACGCGGCGCGUCUGCGUUGGCGUCACCUCCGACAGAUAUGCCGGAUAGGGCAAGCAACGCGCGAACGUACACGUUUCAUCAUUUUGAAACGGACGAGGACACACGCUGCGUCUGUGGGAAGACGUCAAGAAAAGAGCUUAACUCUGCGUAUCCGCCCAAACUCAUGCGAAAGCCAACACGACUUUCUCGAAACACAGAUACCCUCUUGCUUAUUCUGCUGCAGAAAUUACUAAACCCGCUGAUUAAGCAGGGUACUAUGGAUAUUGAUGCCGGCGUCUUUGUGAGCGCCCCUUUUACAACACUGGUCGUGAAGGCGUUGACGGCGUCGGCGCUCCGUGUGGCUCUCCUGCCUCCCAGACUCGCGGUUCCCAGGUGGACAGACUUUAUAGUCACGGAGGCGAACUUUCUUUUGCCGUUAAACGUCCGUGAACGCGUCGCCCGCUUUUUUGCCUACGGUGCUCGCCGGGCGCUGCACAACUAUUUGAAGUCCUUACCCAUAAGUCGAUCCAAUCGCACUAUCAAUAUCUACCCAGCGGAGUGGGGACGGUGGACAAAUCAUAAAUUUCGCGUGAGCCGUGCAUCGCUGCUGCAUGACGCGUACACGGUGCUCCGCAAAAGUGCGGACUCGAGGCUACCGAUAUCCAUCGAGUUCGAGGGGGACGUUGGGGUUGGGCAGGGUCCCACGGCACACUUCUACACACUAAUCGCGGAGGAGGUCAAAAAGGUAAGACUAAAUCUUUGGCGCAAUGGGACGCCCUCCACUCAAGGCAAAGGCGAAGGUAAUGAGGCAGACGCAAAUGACAGGGACGCAACGGUGGCUCUUCCGGCGGAAGGGUUGUAUCCAGCUGUGCUUGACGCGGGGGAAGAGGAUUGCCUCUCCCCUCUCGCUGCGCGGCAAUUGCCGCAAGAGGUGAAAGUGCUGACGGAUCGUUUCGUCUCUCUUGGCGACUAUGCAGAUUUUGAACGCGAGCGGGCGCACUGCUAUUAUCUUGUCGGAGCUGCCCUUGGCCGCGCCUUAACGGACGAAGUGGUGUUUCCGCUGGAUUUGAGUCCCGCGCUCGCCAUUUUUCUGAGGCGAGAGACUCCGGCCCCACGCAUCCUCCUUGCCGGCAACACUGCGGUUGAUGAGGGAGUGGCGCGGCCCAUUGAUCUCAUGGGUCUCUCGCUUGCCGACGUGGAUCUCAUGGAUCGCUCCAUCGCCGCCAGCGUGCGGUCCCUGCUUGAACUCAACCCCGCCGCCCUGGAGUCGCUCGAGCUGCCCUUUACACUCCCCGGCCACGACAAUUUUGAGAUGGUGCCUGGAGGUGCAGGGAAGUUUCUGACGAGCGGGAGUAUCGCCCAGUACAUUCGUCGGGCUUGUAGUGCGUUGUUGUAUGAAUCCUCUGUGUUGCCCAUUCGCUUCCUUCUGCGCGGCUUUCGCGACAUUGUUCCGUCCGAGGCGCUCGCCUCGCUCGACGUGCAGGAGGCGAUGAGCCUACUCUGCGGGUGUGCGGUGAGUGAUGGCAAGCCGCUUUGGACCCUCGCGGAGAUCAAAUCCAUCCUCGUCGCCGACCACGGCUACCAAAACGACUCUCCGCAGAUGACAAUGCUGCAGAACAUCCUGGCAAAUCGACUGACGCCGGCGGAGCAGCGCGUUUUCCUCCUCUUCUGCACAGGCUGUCCGCGUCUACCGUUCGGGGGCGUGGGGGCCCUUGGGGCCAUCACGGUCGUCAAGCGCUCCGACUUCACGAUGUUCCACAGCUCGUACGGUCGCGGCAGCGAGGGCAGCAACGCCGUCGGUGGCGCGGAGGGAAUGGAACGAGAAACCACUCAGCAGAGCGAGCACCAGCUCUCACCGGAGGAGACGGAUUGGCCGCUCCCAUCAGUCAACACAUGCUUCCGCUACCUGAAGCUCCCGCCGUACCCUACGGAGGAGCUCAUGUACAACAAGUUGCGACUGAGCAUCACGCAAGGGGGAGAGACAUUUCAGCUUUCCUGA